UUACGGACCGGCACGCAGUGCGGGCGACGCUCUCAGUGCCGAUAUCGCACAGGGCACUUGCAAACUCCCUCAACAGCCUGCCCUGACUGACUCCGUCUCGUGGUCGUGCACCAAAGCCGAGUGACACCGACACACGUGUGCGUCGCCGAGCAGCCGCAAACCCACCGGUUGCCGGGUCGAGGGCAGGUGCAGCAAGUGUUUCGCCCUUGUGAGGGCCGCGUAGCGAUGACGUGAGUGGUCGACCGGCAGUGCCCAACAUCAGCCAUGCUGUCCUACAUGCUGCCCGGCGACGACAAGCCCCUCGGCUUGCCGCCUCCACACCCCAACUCGCUGCCGGGCGACCUCACCCCGGCCACCAGCGAGGAAAAGCCGUCCCCGCCGGAGAGCAGCGUCUCCACGGCCAGUUCGCUCGACAAACCGCGUGCCAAGUUCGCUGGAAUCAACGGAACCAAACAUGCAGGGCUCAAACGAGUUUCCUUUGGCAGCUCCAAAGGAUCCAUGGUGGAGACCCUGGUGUACGAGAGUCCUCUUCAGGAGGAGCCCGAGGAAUCGGCCGCUUUGUUGCCAUACGACUCGGAUGAGGCAGAUAACGCCGCUAAGGUCCGGGUGACUUUUUUCCAAGCCGAGAAGCCGCUGAACGUGACUUCGCCAGAGCCCAACGAGGAUCAAGCACCUCUGGACCCUGACAUGUCAGCCACAAUAGUAACUACACUACCUGAUGGGCACCCUGCCUUCCACCGACAAGAAAGUACGGACAGCGGUUGGGACAACCCAUUUCGUCCAGACGGCGACCUGAGUCGGGAGGCGGACGAGAUCGUCGAGAUGAUCAAGGGCGGCAAGCCGAUCACCCCCACGACGGCCACGUCGGGCGUGACCUUUGACCAGACAGACGCCCUGCUGGCGUCGGCAGUGACGACGACGGCGGCGCCGAGGGGCAGUGCUCCCGGCUCGCCAGUCAAGACGGCGGCCAACGGCAGCACCGGCGCCGCGGCGGCCAACGGUGGUGAGGGGGUGGAGGUGACGCACGGCCGGGUGACGGCCGCGGACGCCUCGCAGGUCGAGCAUGUGGUGCUGAAGAAGAAGCCGCGCUGCAAGUGCUGCGUGAUCCAGUGAAAGACUGACCCGACGGCCGGCGGCCAGCAGGCGGCCACCCAGUGGCCGCCGGAGGAGGAGGCAUUUUUAAACACGAGAAGCUACUGAAAAAAAAUAAUUCGGAUUAGGUACAAUUUAAAGAAGAAAAAACAAAAUACGAGAGAGAAAAAACUACGACGAGAGACAGAAAUUUAUUUUUUCAUGUGAGUCCCGAAUCAUGUGUUGUUGUUACUUGUGAUGAUGAGAGAGCAGAGGUGGCCAGCUGACAGACGGACAGACUGCAGGGCUGAUUCUUCUUCUAAUAACCGGUUCUUUUCUUGUAAAGUCUCUGUUGUUGUUUAGAGUUUGCGUCGUCGGGCCCGGGAAUGAAACGAAGUGAGUGAAAGGCCCUCAAAGACACACAGAAGAAAAGCUGCUUGCUUCCGUCAAAGAUGUAUCGGUGCACCUACAUUUUUUGUAACAAUUUUUUACCUCACCAAAAGAAAAGUUUCAAAAAGAGCUUCUUCUCAUUUUCACGUAGAUAUGUAAUAAUAUAUUAUAAUUCCGAAUUGUCUCUAUGUGGGCCUCUCACGAACUCGCUCCCCCGCGAUGAGAGAUUACAUCGGCGCAUCCAGUCUGCUCGUAGUUGAAUUUGACAUGUAUGUGUAUGAACUAUAACUAUAUACAUUGUGAUUCUCUUUUAUUUGACAUUCUCCACUCUCACUUGACACCAUUCGUAACGAGGCCUGCCACAAACAAACAUUAUAAAUCGGUGCUGGAUUUUGGGAUAGUCCCUGACCAAAGCUGGAGCUUUUCCCUCGGUCGCUUUAUUGUUUUAACAUCCGUUCGCUCGGAGCAGCUCUUAAAUUAUAGUCAAGAAAUCGUCAUCAUGUACUAGUUGUAAAUUUUUUCCAUCCGAUUUUGUUGUUUUACUUGUGAAGUUUUGUGAUAAAUUAUUUCUCGUUCUGUUUCUCUUAUAAUUGCAUUUUUGUUCUACCUUGAUGGAGGCGCGCAAGUUAAUGAUUAAUUUCCUGCAGGGACUACCGCAAAUCACUCUAAAGAAAAGAUACGAAGGGCCAUUUGUUUAAAUUUUUUGAAAAGAAAUUAAGGAGGCUUUCCAAAAUCGAGUGAGCCGAGCGCAGAAUACACUAAUUGCUGUUCUGUAGAAGUAAAUCGUCUGUAUAAAUUAAACGUUAAGUGCUAAUUAUCGACUCUUCUUAAGCCGGCCAAUGGAAAGUUCCUGCCUGGCAAAUGAGCGUUGUGCAAAACCGAUUGGUCUGACACGUACAUCCAUACAAGGAGCCCUGAAAUUUUAUCUUGUCCUGUUGUACAUAAUUAUACAUUUAAAAAUGAGAAACAUACUGCUGCGCUAUAAUAUGAUUAUUACAAUGAUGAUGAUUGAUUACUAUUAUAUUGUAUUGCCUCUCAUGGUAGCGUCUUGUCUAAUUUAUUGUGUAAAAAGGAAAAUCAUGUACUACUGCGUAAGGAGAGUAAACAUCAUGUUCCACUGACUUAUAUUCGACAACAGAAGAUUAAAAACUAUGAGAAGUAUAACUAAACUUGUCAAUAAAUACCACACAGUACGAAAGCAA